CGUUAUAUAGCUAGGCACAUUUCCGACCCUUCGCCGCUGUCGCUUCAUCGUCUUCCCUUCGAGCCGGCGGCGGAGCCAUCUUUUGCCGGAGAGAAAAAGGGAGGGGACACGCCAUGGAGAUCGCCUUGUUCUCUCCGCGCACAAUCCCUGCCGAUGCCUGCCGCGUUCUUUCCAUUUCCCCCAGAUCGUCGUGGAGCAGCGGCAGGUCAGCGCCUAGGGCUUCCGUCUCUGCCUCGUCCUUCUCUUCCGCUUCCUCGAGGCCUUCUUCCCUAAGUUGCAGCCUCGUCGCUACUCCUUUCCUCGGCGGUGGGAGCGUCCAUAGCGACUUCAACGGAUUAAGGGUUCCGUCCCUGAAGCUGCCUACUCUACCCCACGCCCGCCGGCCCAUGAGGGGUGUCGUUACCAUGGUCAUUCCUUUCUUGAGAGGAACAGCAUGGGAGCAACCGCCUCCGGAUCUAGCUUCUUACUUGUAUAAAAAUCGAAUUGUAUACUUGGGCAUGUGUCUUGUUCCAGCAGUGACAGAGUUGAUGAUGGCAGAGUUCUUAUAUCUUCAAUAUGAAGAUGCUAAGAAGCCAAUUUACCUAUACAUUAAUUCCACCGGCACAACAAAGGGUGGAGAAAAGUUGGGCUAUGAGACAGAAGCAUUUGCAAUUUAUGAUGUUAUGAGGUACAUUAAAACUCCAAUAUUUACACUGUGUGUUGGCAAUGCUUGGGGAGAGGCUGCACUGCUCUUGGCCGCUGGUGCUAAAGGAAACCGUUCCGCUUUACCAUCAUCAACAAUAAUGAUAAGACAGCCUAUUGCAAGAUUUCAAGGUCAAGCGUCAGAUGUUGACAUUGCAAGAAAAGAAAUAAGCAAUGUCAAGGCUGAAUUGGUUGGACUAUACUCGAGACAUAUAGGAAAAUCCCGUGAGCAGAUCGAAGAAGACAUCAGACGCCCUAAAUAUUUCAGUCCUAGUGAAGCAGUCGAAUACGGGAUCAUCGAUAAGGUAUUGUACAACGAAAAAAGACAGGAAGAUCAAAGUGUUAUCUCUGAUCUUAAAAAAGGACAACUCUCAUAGACUGGUUAAUGCAAAUGGCUGGUAACAAAAAUGUUAAAUUACAUUAAGUUGUGAUUACCUCUUUAUUCAUUUCCCAUUUGCUGUAACUUAAAGUAAACAAGAUUAGUAGAGUUUCUUAUUAUUAAUUCGGGUGCUUCGUGCAUCAAAUUGCCCUUUAGUAAUGUGAAAAUGCUAAUGAGAAUCAAUUGGGGAAGGAGAUGCAACGAACCUUCAAGCAUCAAUCCCCAGAGCAAGAAUGGGAUUAUAUAUAGGUUGAGAUUGGCAAGGUUUAUCCCUGAAAGCAUAUGAUCUUUCUAAUGCUUCAAUCGAUAGCUAAGGAUUCUCUUAAAAUAUUCUUAAUGUGCUACAACAAUGCAAGCUAUCAUCUUAGUGUUGAAAUAAAUGUUUAUUGGUAAAUUUAGUGUUUGGUUUGGAAAGAAGUUAUUUAUAUUUGUUCAAGAUAUAUAUGUUGGUGCGGUGAGCAUUAACGGUCUAAUUCAGGUUUUGAUGAAUGACAAAGUAGGUUAAGUUAGUUUCGUUGUGAUCUAAUACUUUGAAUAAGUGUGCAGAAGAAAUCCAGCUAGGUCGACGGGCUAACCUAAUAACUAGCACGAAGCCAAGUUAGAUCGACGGGCCGACCUGGUAGUUGGCACGAAAUUCAGACUGGUCGAUGGGCGGACCUGAUGUUUGGCACGAAGUCCAGACUAGUCGACAGGCUGACCUGAUGUCUGGCACGAAGUUCAGCUAGGUCGACGAGCUGACCUGAUAGUUGGCACGAAGUUCAAACGGGUCGACGGGUUGACCGGACGUCUGGCAGGUAAGUUAAAGAAAAGGACUUUCUGGAAGACGGUGGUCCGGGCGCCCGGAAGGCAAAAACUCUAUCCUGUUACAACGAGGAGCGCGUUGAUUGGCCGGACCUACAUCACGGUCCGAGCGUCCGGAAGGGAUCCGGGCGCCCGGAGUGUCCUAUAUAAGGAGGUCUCACCCUGGAGCAAAACACAACAACUUCUUCCUGCUCCACUGUGCUGUGCUUUUGCGACGCUGCAAAGCUUCUCCGACAACCUGCUGCUAAAAGUUUUCUUUCUUUCAUUGUUGUCGGUAUUUCUUAUUUAAAAGUUUUUGUACUUACAUUUGUACCCUUUUUGCGAACUGCUAAUGAAUUGUCCAACGAAAGCACUCGACGA